GGUGACGGCGACGGCGACGGCGACAACGAUUGCCACGGCUGCCUCCGCAAUAACGCCGGAUCUCACUGACCUGCCGAGUGACCUUUUCCUUCUCGUCGCCGCCUACCUCUCGCCGCAGGACUGCAUUUUGUGCCGACGCGUCAGCCGUGCCUGGCAGGCCGCCUUCACCGACCCGGACGUCUCGCGGAGCUUCAUGCGCUGGCACUUUCCCCGUUCGCGCGAGAUGCGUAGGGCCCCCGGUGCCGCCGGCGACGGGGACGGCGACGGGGACGACGACCGGCGACAACCCGAUUGGGCCCGAAUCUUUGCUGUCGUGGCCUGCCGCUACUACCACCUGCGGUCCGCGCGGCCGCGCCUCGUCGAGAAGAUCGACGUGCUCCGGGAGGCGUCCGAGACGGCCAGAGCGACCGAAUCGGGACCCGGCCCAGGGUCGGGGUGCCGGUUCCGCGGUGUCUCGCCCUGGAACCGUUGGCUGCGCUGGAACGACAGCACCGCCGUCUUUCAACACCGCGACCCGACCUGGUGUGCCGACGACGGCCUGCUAAUCUACGCUGAGGUUCGCUCCUCGCCCUCUUCUCCUGACGACGGCGGAGGGCGCUACAUCGCGUAUGACCUUGAGACGCGGCGCCGCACCGUGGUCCCUUUCGACACCGCUGACAAGACGGUACGCCGCCUGCGGCUGGCCUGCGGCGUACUCAUCAUCGAGUGGUGCGAGCGCGAGCCAUACCAUCGUCUGAACAGCCAGGAGAUGGUGCACCGCCACUUCUCUACCGCGUUCGAUAUCGUGCGGCGGGAGCAGCGUCGACGGCGGCGAGGACGUCAACCACAGCAACAGCAGAGCCAGCCGGAACAAGGACGGGAGGGGGUACGGGAGGAUAAGCAACCGGCAUCGAAAAUCCACCGCGGGCUCGGUUUCGAGGCCGAGUCAGAGUUCCCCUGGGACAUCACCUUUCGUUCCGAGUGGAAGAUCCAUUUCCUUGGGCUGCCGCUCAACGGCCAAGACCGCUUCUUCUCAGCGCACACGGCCACGCACUACGCGCUGUACCUGUGGCAGCCGAACCGGUCCCCCUGGGGCGAGGAGGACCCGCUCGAGCAGCUCACGGUCUGGGACAUCUCGUCGCCAUCGCCGUACCGGCCGUCGCUGGACCCGACCGGGGCGCGCAAGCCUCAACUCCGAUCGCCGCCGCCGCCGCCGCCGCCUUCUUCGUCAUUAUCGUCGCCGGCAGAAUGCGAGCAACAAUCGCAGGAACAACGAGGGUGCGAGGGUCCCGUGGUCGUCAGCCGCUUCUGCUGGGAAUUCCUCGAGUUCCUCGGGCUGCGGCAGCGGCACACGCCGACGCUGCGUGAGCUACGCCUCGACCACGCCAACGUGUACGUGCACGAGGAGGAGCACCGCUGGCUCGCGGGUCUGCACUCGUCGCUGUGGCCGCCGCGCCACCACAUCGUCCGCUGCACCGGCGUGCCCUUCGGCCCCGACGCGACCGGCCCCCGCUGGUACGACGAGUGCUGCGCCGACGGCGACGUCCACCUCAGCUUCUGCCCGCGCGCCGGGUCUGCGGCCCGGGUCGGCGGGACGCCGCGGCGGCGACGAAAGCGGCGGGCCUCAGCCUCGGCCGUGCCGUCUCCUCCGCCUUCCCCCUCUCCCCCGUCUCCUUCUCCCACCACCUCCGGCGCCGGCGGCAAAGCGCUAGAUGUGGUCGACGAGGACGGCACGACGUCGUGGCCCGGCUGGGCCCCGUGCUGGCGCCACGAGGAAUUUCCCUACCUGACGGUAAGCGAUGUGGUCGACGCCGGGGCCGGGGUGCGGAUCGUGGCUCGCCAGUGCUUCAUGAUGGAGGCGCUGUCGUCGUUCGUGCUGCCUAAGAUUAGCCUAGAGGAAGAGGAGGAGGAGGAAAACGGGAUCCGUGAUGACGGCAGCAACGACGAUGACGACGAGGAGGGUGGCAUCGACAGAGCGGACGAGGUUUCUGAGGUCAGGUUCGCGGACGAGAUGUGGUCGGAGCUCAUGGGCAAGGGAAAGAUAGUGGGUGACGAGCGGUGGGUCGUUGGCGAGGACAUGAGAGGCAGGGUGACAAUCGUGCGGUUCUAAAAGAGUGCUGCAGCGCCUUCUACGCCGAUCCAAGCAGCUUGACUUGCGUCUCAUUUCCGUCCGUUACCCCAUGCUAUGAUAUAAUCCACAUGAGGAUAUGAUGUCUAGCGCACGAUACAUUAAUACUCUAAACCCUCUCUCUUUGCAUGGCGUGGCUGGUAGGAGCGCUACUCCACGAUGUAGGUAUAUUUUCUUAUUUAUUUUUCGCUCCGGCCUCGUACCAUUCUCUGAUAUUGGUAUGGCUACACCUACUUAGGCACUUCUCUUCCACCGAGGUACAAAAAGACACAAGACAGCCUCCUCCUCCUCCUCCUCCUCCUCCUCCUCCUCC